GAGAGGGAGAGAGAGGUAGAGAGAGAGGCGACAGCAACUGCGAGUCCUAUGUGGAGCUGCACAAUUACAGAAUUCCCGGAUGAGAUUUCGCGCGUGGGGUUUGUCAACGGGACAUCUGAAAGCGAAAAGAAACGAAGCAUUGACGUUUUGGCUUCCUUUACGUCGGAAUUAUUUCUGAAACUAGUUUAAAGAGAUUUCUCGAAUUUUAACGGAAAAUGGCGAUGUGUGAUCGGUCCUGCGGCAUCAUCUGUUUCGUUUUAGCACAUACUCUGCUGAUUCUCAGCGUGUCCUCGCCAGGAGCCGAAAGCCUCAGUUUUCCCCAGCAGUACACGAUGAUGCACUGGGCCAGACGCAUCGAGCAGGAGAUGGACAGAGUUCUGCAGCAUGCCACUGGAGCUCAGCAUCUGAAAGGGUUGUACAGUGAGAAGAGAAGGCAGUUCAGCGUGAUGCGGAAUGUGCCCAGAGAACUGGUGCAGAGGGUCGCCAAAAACAUCGACAGACUGCUGGCUAAAAAACGGCAAGCGCUCGAGAGGCUGGCCAGGGAGGCGGAAAGGCUUCAGAAGGAGCACUCCUGGCAGGAUGGCAUCAAGGAGCGUGACAUGGAAUAUUAUGACUCCAAGGCAGAGCUGGAUUACUCAGAGGAUGGGGAGAACCCGUACUCCCUAAAGUUAGAGUUUGUAGAAGACCCCAACUUCAAAAACAAGGUCAACUACUCCUACACAGCAGUGCAGAUCCCAACAGACAUCUAUAAGGGAUCUCCUCUGAUUCUGAACGAGCUCAGCUGGACACAGGCGCUGGAGAAAGUCUUCAUCGACAAUAGCCGCGAGGAUCCCUCGCUCUUGUGGCAAGCAUUUGGCAGUGCCACUGGGGUCACCAGGUAUUACCCAGCCUCACCUUGGAGAGCACCGGAUAAGAUCGACUUGUAUGACGUACGAAGAAGACUGUGGUAUAUCCAGGGGGCGUCCUCCCCCAAAGACAUGAUCAUCCUGGUUGACGUGAGUGGUAGUGUGAGCGGCCUCACUCUGAAGCUGAUCAAGGCAUCGGUGGUGGAGAUGUUGGACACGCUGUCAGACGAUGACUAUGUCAAUGUUGCGAGAUUCAAUGAGAAAUCAGAGGUGGUGGUUCCCUGCUUCAAGCACUUGGUCCAGGCUAAUGUACGCAACAAGAAGAUCUUUAAGGAGGCGGUGCAGCACAUGUCGGCUAAAGGCACCACCGACUACAAGUCAGGCUUCCACUUCGCCUUCCAACAGCUGCUCAACGACACAAAUGUCCCCCGUGCUCACUGUAACAAGAUAAUCAUGCUGUUUACUGAUGGAGGUGAGGACCGUGCACAGGAUAUAUUUGAGUAUUACAACUGGCCCAACAAGACGGUGCGAGUCUUUACAUUCUCUGUUGGGCAGCACAACUAUGAUGUCACCCCUUUGCAGUGGAUUGCUUGUGCCAAUAAAGGCUAUUACUUUGAGAUUCGGUCCAUCUGUGCCAUCAGAACCAACACCCAGGAAUACCUGGAUGUUCUGGGACGUCCCAUGGUGCUGGCGGGGAACAAGGCCAAGCAGGUGCAGUGGACCAACGUCUACCAGGACGCCUUGGGACUGGGCUUGGUGGUUACUGGAACAAUGCCGGUUUUCAACCUUACUGUGGAAGGAAACUCACAGAACCAGUUGAUCCUGGGAGUGAUGGGAGUGGAUGUUCAUCUGGAUGAGAUCAAGAGGCUGACACCAAGGUACAAUCUGGGUGCUAAUGGCUAUGUCUUUGCCAUUGAUCCAAAUGGCUAUGUCCUCCUGCAUCCUAACCUGCAAGCAAAGAGCAUUAAUCUUCUGGAGCCUGUCACACUUGACUUCCUGGAUGCUGAAAUAGAAGAUGCUAGCAAGCAGGAGAUCAGACGACAGAUGAUUGAUGGAAGGUCAGGGCAAGAAAGCAUCAAAUCCCUGAUCAAGUCCAUCAAUGAGCGAUACAUUGACCAGGCUGUACGAACGUACUGUUGGGCACCCAUCAACGGCACAGACUACAGUCUGGGUUUGGUACUCCCUCCUUACAGUGAAUAUUACAUCCAGGCAAACCUCAGUGAUUUAAUGCUACAACUGCAGUAUUUGGAUUCCCUGCUGCCAACCAACUUUGAGACCGCAGGUCACGUGUUUCUGGCCCCCAGGGAAUACUGCACCCAGCUGCAACUUUCUGAUAACAACACUCGGUUCCUGGAGAACUUCCUUUCACUCAUGGUGGAUAUCACACUAGACUCCAAGCAUUGUAAUCAAGGGCUCCUUCACAGUCUUAUCCUUGAAUCAGAUAUCAUUUGGCAACUGGCAACAAGGGUGUGGACGAACAAGGAUCUCAAUACGUAUGGGUUCCUGGCGCUGUUCGCAGCCACAGAUGGGGGUGUCACACGGGUCUACCCCAACAGUGCUGCUGAAACAUGGAAGGAGGACCCAGAGCCCUUCAAUGCCAAUUACUAUCGACGCAGUAUGGACAACAAGGGCUACAUUUUCAGAGCGCCCCCUAGAUACUCUGUGGAUGAUGGGCUGCACUCGGAGAAUGGCACCAUUGGCAUCUUGGUCAGCACCGCAGUGGAAAUCAAUAUAGGCGGCAAGACCAUCAAACCUGCAGUGGUGGGGGUGAAACUGGACUUGGAGGCCUGGGUGGAAAAAUUCAAGAUCCUGGCCAGUAACCAGUCCGACAGUCGACAGGGUUCACACAAGUGUGGGCCAUCCAGUAGCUGUGAGAUGGACUGUGAAGUUAACAGUGAUGACCUGCUAUGUUAUCUGAUUGAUGAUGGAGGGUUCCUGGUGAUGUCCAACCAGAAGGAGCAUUGGAAACAGGUUGGCCUGUUUCUCGGGGAGGUGGACCCUUCUUUGAUGCAUGCGCUCUUCAAUAACUCCAUCUACGCCCGCCAGCAGUCCUUCCAGUACCAUUCGGUCUGCGACCCUGCCCCCAGCAGCCACACGGGCAGGGCACCCAGGGGUGUGUUUGUGCCCACCCUCACAGACGUGCUCAGUCUAGCCUGGUGGACAUCUGCAGCAGCCUGGUCGCUGAUUCAACAGUUACUGUAUGGACUGGCCUACCAUGCCUGGUUCACUACAGGUGAUGUGGAGGGUGAAGGGGUGGACUCCAGAGCUUCUAGCUGUGUAACCGUGCAGUCACAGUUCUACUUCACCAACACCACCAAUUUCUACAAUGUGCUGCAGGACUGUGGAAACUGCUCCAGGCUAUUCCACGCCAAGCGCAUUGAGAACACAAACCUACUGUUCGUGGUGGCAGAGAAGGUGCCCUGCAACUCCUGUGAGAUGGAGAAACUGACACCAGUGAAGACAGAGUUCCAGGAAGAAAACCCCUGCGAGCUGCUGAACUCUGCACGAUACCGCAAAGGCCCAUCUACCUGCUUCGACUACAACAUCAGGGAGAACACGUCUGAGUGUGGGCGGGGCCACUCUUUCCGCCCAAUGUUUGGGCUCCUGUUCUGUCUCCAACUGCUCCUCCUGCACAUGACAGAUGAUUGUCCGCUGGCUCUGUCCCUAUCUGGCACACACUAAUACUAGCAGUCCUUCUUUCUCCCUCCCUUCCCUCCUCUCUCCUUUUCUCUCUUGGCCUUUCCGCAAUACAGUCUUCCCGUUCUUUUUCAAAUUUCUCUGCCUUUCUGCUUUUAUGAGGGACCCGCAGUAUCUUUCUCUCCCUCCUUCCCUCCCCCCCUCCUUCAUUUUCUCUCUCCCUGUCUGGGCCUCACCCUGGGCCUCCGUGCUGAAGGAUCCAGGGACAGCUGGCCUCAGAGGCCUGGCAUUCGCUUUUUCCGUACUAAUCCGGAACACCUGCUGACACAUGAGACAGGGCCUCAGACAGACAGAGCAGACACAAUCUACUGUCCUUUGUUAGGCUGUCAUUUUCAAAAGGGAAAUUGUAAAAUUGUACAGACUACAAACAUUCAUUUACUUGCUAAGGAAUACUUCCUGCCAACUUGAGAGACAUUUAAUUUAAUUUCAUUGCUAGACUUAAUUUGGGGAAGAGAGAAGUUAAAUGUGUUCAGAUGAGUUCAGUCUCAAAUUAAAAUAUCUAACAAAAUACGGUAGCAUCGCACCCAGGGGUGCGUUCAAAAGGUGCAAUACUUGGUAACUGCCAUUUCCGCGUUCAGGGGACCGUUUGCUUAAAAUUGUUCACUUUGUACAACUGUCAACAGAGAUAGUUCAACUGGCAGUCAUCGUUGUGUUACUGUGGCAUGACUGUGUUUUAACCUGUUUUAACUGGCCGGAUGUUUCUGGAUGUUAGAAUUGACAUGCAGCCAUUUGCAGUUACGAUGCAUUGUUAUAAAUUCAAGAAUAUAUAUAUUUUUAACAAACAUGUUCCGAUAUACAUAAUUUGAAUUUGAAUAACCAGCUGGCAUAGCUACAGUGGCUGGCAACAAAACAUUUUUGUUAAUAUAUUACAUUAAUUUCAGACACAUUAAUCAAGCUUGCCACAGUUGUGUCUGUAUACGAGUGCCAGGUAGUUUUAAUCUGUAGUCUCUGCUAGGUAAAAUGCAGUUGCACAUAACAGCACAAUCAUAGCUAUAGCACACAACAGACAAGCACACAGACAGCUGAGACAUAAAUGACAUUGCAUAUAAUAGCAGAAAUAUAUAAUGGGUUAUAUGUCAUUUAAUGUAAUCUGGGUCAUAUACUUCUGAGCCUUUUGCAUUCCAGUGCAAAUGCACACAACGCUCAGCAGAGAUCCAUCUCCACAGUGCAGCUGUUUUGUCUCUUUAACACACGCCAAACACCAUCCUGGUGUUCUGGAUUCUUUUAUGUGAGUUAUCUGUAGUUCUGACCUAUGGCUCCUGAAGAGCUGUUCAGAGAGGUUCUGAGGUACUACUGUCUAUGAAUUAAUAUCCCAGUGCUUUCCAACCUAUAAUUGGCCUUAUGAAAAAUAAUGUUAAUUGCAAAUAUGCCUGUUGUAUGGAAAUUGUUGUUGGAGAACCCACUUUUGCCUUUGCUGAAGAUCACAUGUUCCAACCAUGUAAUUAUCUUUUGUUUUUAUGAAAAUAUGAAUGGGGGCUGCUGGUUAAUUUCAAAUUGGUCAGCGUUGUUUUUGUUUGCUCAGGAGGGAAUGCAGCUUGUGCAAACUUUGGCACGUUACAAAAAUAUGGCUUACGGUUAAAUGAAUGGUUACAUGGAAAAUGUUUUUAUUGUACUUCAUAUUUUAAAUGGAAUGGUUGUAAAAUAUUGUUUUAAGUGUGUUUGUGUGUGCGUGCAUGCGAGUGUGUGCGUGUAUGUGUGUGUGUCAUACAACAUACACACAGAUGUAUACUGUAGAACCACAGAGAUUAGAACCCUCCGGGAAUGGGGGUUGUUCAGAACUUUGAAAUGUUAUUACUUGUUUAUUGGAAUGGUUGCUUGCACACCUCUUAGCUUAAUUUUUAAACAUACUCUACUUUUAUUACUAUAAAUUUUAUCUGUAUUUUGCAAAACAGGUUUAACAUGUUUUGUUGUAUAUGAAAAACACAUGGUAUUAGUUUCACAAUGCCACUCCCUCAGAAGUUUUCUUCCAAUUCAUUAAUUUUAUAUUAAUUGAACAUGCACUUAAGGAGGGAGUGGUGUAUUUCCAUUUUUUUAAUGAGAGGAAGGUGACUGCAUUUAAUGACUUCUGUUCAAUGCUCACUUUUGCAUCAGUGAUAGAUAGAUACACAAAACUCAAAAGUUAGAGAGGGACAGACUAACAGACUAUCAUUAAUAUUAAGAAAUUAAAGUUGUGCACUCAAGUUCCUCCUUGCUGUGUUUUACUGACCAACAUUUUGGCAAAGGUGUUGAAUGUCUUGUGACACGAAAACAAUUCAACAUUUAAAGAAAUAUACCUGUAUACAACAGAUCUCUCGUAUGUACAAAACAAGAUAAUAUAAUCUCUUAAUAAACAUUGUACAUGUAAAAUAAAAAUAAUUAUGCAUUGUGUACAAUUAACUAUAAAUAGGCCUAGAUAUUGAAGCGUAUCAACAAAGAACAUAUUUUACAAGUAUGAUUAUGUAUCAGUGAAGAAUAUAUAUAUAUCUGUGUGUGUUGUCGUGUCACAUGGUUUUGUCUCACCUGUCUCCAAUUAGUCCUAUAUAAGGGCUGUGCUUGCUCACUGGUAAUCAUCCUGACAAAGGCAUCUUUUGCUGAAACAUUGGUCAAUGAAACACAGCAAGGAGGAAAUUGAGUGUGAAACUUUCUGAUUUCAUAACAUCAGUGAUAAAAGCAAAGAGUAUCUGCGUACAAUAAGGAGCUUGAAAAGGUGUCAUUUCUUAUGCUACACCUGGGUUCAUACCCUGUUCGGUUGGCUGGUUGGUCUGACUCUGAGGUUCUACUGUAUUUGGAACAACUCAACUGUCUACCUAAUUUAGCUCCCUCAAAUAGGCCUACUGUAGUUCACUAGUGUUGUUGAGGGAUGCUGGCUUUGUGAGUACUGGCUGCAUAGACUGGGCUUCUCACCUCUGCAUUGUGGAUUUGCAUCUGCGAGUUUGGCUCUUAUCACUGAGCGCUCCAGUAAAACCGCCGGUCUAUGUAUGGACUUCAGCUGGUCCCCUCAGCUCUGACCCCAGAAGGCCACGAGGUAUCAGAUUUUAUCACCGCAUAAAAUCUGUUAUAUAAUUAAGCUUCAGCUCAACCCUUCUCUCUGCUCCUAAAAAUGUUGUAAACAUAGAUGCACACGUUGAUGGGCUGUUGGACUGUGGCCCUCCAGGAAGGCAGAGGAAGGGCUUGGGUGGGGUUGCAGAAUUUUAAUAAUGCCAAAAUGAUGUAAAGUCAUGAAUAGCCCCAGUGAAAGGCUUAGCCAAGCAAAGAGUUAACUGCUGCUCAUUCCUUCUUCUCAGUUUCCGACAGGACCCUUUGAAAAGAGCCAAGUGCUUGCGUGUGCCUGAAAAAGGAAUGAUGAACUGACACCGUGUACACAACAUGCCCCCAAGCCUAUGUGGUGAGAGUCUGACCUCUGUGGCUAACUUCCAUCCCACACAUCACAGAACACCCCCUGCCCUCCCACCACUUGCCCUCCCAACUUAUAUGUUUGAGCAGAAAACCAGCUGUUUGUGAAAGAACUGCAUUGCUGGGAAUGGCAGCCGUGUUAGAAGACAUUUAAUUUUUUUUUUUUUUCGUCGACAGCACAAAUGUCAUCUGUGGACCUGUUGCUAGGAAGGCAACACUCAUUUUGACAUUGUGGGACAUUUAUACUGAAGUUUGUAAUGUAAUUGUAGUAAUUGAUGGACCCAGAAAGAUGGACAUUUUUGGCCAUGGCUUCAAUGAGAUAAAGGGUUAAUUCCAAAGGAACCUGUUUGGUUGGACAUACAUUAAUCCUUCAGCAGCUAGUUUGAGCUUGUCAUUGUUCCAAAGAAUUUCAUGGUCCAUUUUCUCACUGUUUAAAUCUGAGGUUCCACGGGCCAAUUGUGGCUCAGUCCAUAAACAAGUUCAGCUAAGCUGCAUUUUUUGUUAGCAAUUAAUUAUAAUAGUACUGUAUGAAUUUAUAAAUCCACAAGCUGCAUUUUAAUGCUGCAGCAUCAUGUAGCAUCAGCCCUGCAAAUAUCUGUGCACUGGUAGUGCAAAGAUAUUUGCAGAUAUGAGAUUGAGAUAUGAGCAUGCAAAGACUCAAGUGAUGGAGGCGUAAAGAUGAUUUCAUUAUUGUAAUGAGGUGGUAAUGUGUACAUUGGACUCAUAUCUCACACAGCAAAUUUCAUUUUCAGACCCCACCAUAGCUUGCUUUAUUCUUUAAUAUAACUUUAUUCAUUUAAUAUAAAUAUUUUUUUAAGUGAAAUGUGUCAUUAUAUGUAGGCAGAUUAUAGUUGAAAUUCUAAAUAAAUUUAUGGUUAUGGCCCAUACAGCUUUUACUGGGCUGCAAUCCAAGGCCCAGGAUGACAUUUAGGUUCUCUUACAGAAAGAAAAAGAUCAACUUUUGCUUUUGGUAUGCAUGGACUUAUGGGUAUUCCAGUAGAGCCAUGUAGACACUCCAUCCCACUGAAACCAUCUGGUUGUAGUGCACUGUGGGAUUUCCUGUGUAGUGUGUAUGUUAACCAAUUAAAUAAAUAAAGAAAGAAGAAAAAAAAUCAAACUGGUGGGGUCCUGUGGUAGAGAUAUCCCCUCAGGAUAUCUGUGAGGCAGUCAGUCUAGUCUCUGCUGCAAACAGCAAAUGUCUCUAUGGAAGUUUCUUAAAUUACCCAUCAUGCUUCUGCACUCUGUGCUGCUUGUGCCAAGCUGUGUUCUUAGAGGCAAGUGUGUGAAGGCAGUGUUCCAUCAUUGAAUACAUCAGACAAGAAUAUACAAGAAAUCAGCAAUCACUAGCUCCUACUGCAGGGAUUGGCCCUUAAUGGUAGAUUCUGUGUGCAACAUUUUGUCUGAAAGUGAAAAAGAACAUUUUAGCCAGCUGUGCAAUGGCUUAAGCUUCUGUGGAAAUUCCAUGUUUGUAUAAAACGUGUGUGAAAGAAUAAGAUAACGAAAAGCAAGAUUGAAAUGAUAAACUUUUGGGUCCUAAACAUUUCUAAAAAAUGCUACCAGUAAACAUUUGAAUGAGUUGUUUUUCAGCGGUAGAUUGUUUAUAUUGUUCCAGCUCCUUUCUUUGCAGAUGGCACAAAAAGGAAAGUCACUUUGUAAAUUUUGUGUUUGUCACUUUUCAAACAGUUUAUUAUUGAGAAUGUAUUAUUAAACAGUAUUCAUAUUUU